UCCUCCCAGACCCGGGCUCGAACCUGUGUCCCCUGCAUUGGCAGGCGAGUUCCCAACCACUGCGCCACCAGGGAAGCCCUGUGAUGGAUGUCUUGAGGCAGAUAAAACAGUUGAGUCUUUUGAGUGGAAGGAACAGGGAUCCUUUCACAUGAAGUGGUACUUGAAAAAUAUUACUGUAAUUAAAAUAUACGGUGUGGUUAGUUUUCAGGAAAUGUACAUCUUUCAUGUCUUGAAGGAGGCUUACAGAGUUACUUAAAAAAAAAAAAAAGAAACAGCCUCUACUGGAAAUUAGCACAUGAUAGGGUUGAAGUUGUUUUUUGCCCCUUCCUUUCUGUCUGAGACCUUACACCUAGUGGUAAUACUGAUGCUAGGAUGAGCGAGUCCUAGAGCUCUGUUCCCUAACAGCAUCCUCUUCUCCUCCCUGUCUACCUGGGAAUCUGUGAGCUUGAAUGGGAGAAACAUUCCAUGUUUACGUACAAUGAAUUCUAACUGAAAUUUGGCAUUUUCUUCAAUUAUGAACCUAGGCAACAAACCAAAGUAGUGUUAGAGGUAUCCCGAUUUCGUCACCAGUAAAUCCAUAUCACAUUACCGCGGUUGUGGAUACCUCUAAAUGUUAUUCACACACAUCACUACUUCACAAUGAUGCUAGAUCCCAGAGCUACUUUUCCAUCUUGUUACUUGGUGUAUUAAUAAAGAAACGCUCAUAUCACCUAUCACAAUUUAAAAACAUUGUGAUGACUAAAUCUAAGUGUAAUUUGUUCGCUUUGAAAUGUUUUGUUUUAUUUUAUGCAUUUAAAAACAUUAUUCGGAGAAGUCCAGAGGCAUCACCUUAUUGCCCCUGGGAUCCAUGACAUACAAAAGGUUAAGACCCUAUGCUUUGUGAUUUAAAUUUUAUACUAAGGAACUGGGGCUGACUGAAGGACUCUUAACCCUGGCUGCCCACAAGAAUUACCUGGGAGCUUCAAGACCCCUGCUUCCCCGGGCUAUACGCCAGACUAGUUAAGUUAGAAUUUCCGGGGAAAGGAUCUUGGUGAUUACAGGUGAUCCCAAUGUGUAGCUGAGGUUGAAGACCACUGGUCUGUAUGUUCAGAUAAACCAGCCUACUUCCCUCUUCCCCUCCAUUCUGAUUCUGUAAAUAAGAACUUGAGUUUCAUGCUCACAGUAGAAAAUUCAAACUGUACAGAGAGCACAGCUCACUCACCUUUCUAGAGAUAACUGUUGUUGACAGUUUUUGUGCAUAAACAAUCAUUAUAGACACACAUCCACACAUAUACCCACCGUGGUAUAUACUAUACAUGUUACCUCAUACAGACAUACAAGUUUUUUCACUUACAGAGAGCUUUCAAAACUAAUUUUGAGCUAAGUUGGUCCUUGAGACUAAAUUCUUUUUCUUUGGUGUUUUUUGAUUUGCCUACAACUAGGGAGCCUGAUCCCUGUAGGCCCAGUUCAGGAGUAGUUUGGAGACCCUGAAUCCUCAUUUCCCUCUUUUAAGAACUAGUGGGAUGGACAAACAGCAGCACUGGGAUCGGGUCCAUCUGGGGUGUGGGACUUGGGGCAAGCCGCUUAUCCAUGCACACUUCUUUGAAUCUGUUUGCUCGUCUGUCAGAGGGAGACAAAGAAGGCUUCCUCCCAGGGCUGCUGUGAAAUGUGUACAAGCUCAGUGACAGGUAGCGAUUAUCAUGACCCUCAUUGCAGAUUGUAUUCCCCAAAGGAGCUUGGCAUGGUCCUUGGGCCUCUCAGAGUUCUUUUUUCUAUUAGUAUGCAGAAAACACGGGGUAAGUAAAAAAAAAGAAAAAAAAUCCCUGUGCAACUACUAUAGACAGAGUCUAGAGACCCUAAACCACACUUUGGGAUAGCCAUUAUCUGCCUGGAUUAGGAGUUGGAUUCAAGGCCACACUGAUGAUGAAUUAACCUUAUUAGCUCUUCUUAGUCGAGUACUUAUACUACCAGCUUAACACAUUCUUAGAAAUGCUCCUCCAAGCUUAUUGACCCACAUCUUUGCAUUUCAUCUCACUUGCAAAAGCAGUUACAUUUAGAGUGAGAGCCAGUAUCAGAGCACAUGGCCAGAAACAGAAUUCACCCCAGAUGGUUUGAAUGAAGACUAAUGAAAGGAACAGUUACAGAGGUGCUGGCCAGGCACCGUGAAGCACCCAGGGACUAACAACAGUGGGACACCAACAUCACCGCUAGGGCUAAGGGGGCAAGGGGAGAAGUAGAGUUACUGGAGCCCAGUGGGAUCUGGAACUGGAGAAGGGCUGCCCAGCAGGAGCUGCGUUCAAGAAGAAUCUGCCCCAAGAUGGGGCAUCCAAGGAGGGAUGGAGCUGGGAAGAAAUACCCUGAAUCCUCUGCUGGGCCUCUGCUGGGCUGAACCAGUGGGAGGCCAGCAGACAGUGGAGCCCCAGUGAUGAUAACCAGAUAAGCAGCACAGUGGCUGUUAGACAUCAGGAGUGAGUGAAGUGCCUGCCAGUGGGCUGAGCACUUAGAUGGGGCCCAGUACAUCCUGUUCCCUUCCCCUCACCUCCUAGGAUUCAGACGGCAGCUGUUCACCCUGUCUUAAAGAAACAGCAGCAAGGCGAUUCAGGCAGACAGAAAAGGAGGGAGAGCUUCACCUACUAAAAAACAAACCCUCGAGUCAAGAUCUGUCAUAUAUUUUCUGAGGUGUGGCUCUCUUGGUGUCUGUGCAGAGAAGCUACCCAUGUACGUUGUCCCUUAGUUCACCGCUGCCACCGGGCAGGUAAUACACCAGAAACAUGGAGGUCCAGUUGAGGAGAUGUUAAUUUUAAUUUGGAAACGCCCUCUCUUUUUUCCUCUCACACAUGCCUGGAGAUUUCCAGUUGUAGACUUCAUCUCCAGCAGCUAGAAGACCACACUGGUGCCAGAGUUGCCUCACCAGCCACUCUGCAGGAGUGAUUACUGCUCUGUAGUAGACAUUGGAGGCGGAUCCAUCAGGCCAUCAGGAUGGAAACGAGGAAAGGAAAUCAGCUGACGCAGGAGCCCGAGUGAGACUGAGAAACCCACAAGCCCAGCCUACACCAUGAACUUGUGUCUCCUUUCCACACUGUAAGAGCCCGGGGCAGGUGAAGUUGCCAGAGAGCAAUGGCUCUCUUUACUCCGUGGAAGCUGUCCUCUCAGAAGCUGGGCUUUUUCCUCGUGACUUUUGGCUUUAUUUGGGGUAUGAUGCUCUUGCAUUUUACCAUCCAGCAGAGAACUCAGCCCGAGAGCAGCUCCAUGCUUCGGGAACAGAUCCUGGACCUCAGCAAGAGGUACAUCAAGGCGCUGGCAGAAGAAAACAGAAAUGUGGUGGAUGGGCCCUACGCGGGGGUCAUGACAGCUUACGAUUUGAAGAAGACUCUUGCUGUGUUGUUGGAUAACAUUUUGCAGCGCAUUGGCAAGUUAGAGUCAAAGGUGGACAACCUCGUCAUCAAUGGCACAGGGACGAACUUGACCAACUCCACCACAGCUGUUCCCAGCUUGGUAGCACUUGAGAAAAUUAAUGUGGCAGAUAUCAUUAAUGGAGCUCAAGAAAAAUGCGUAUUGCCUCCUAUGGAUGGCUACCCCCAUUGCGAGGGGAAAAUUAAGUGGAUGAAAGAUAUGUGGCGCUCGGAUCCCUGCUACGCAGAAUACGGAGUGGAUGGGUCCACCUGCUCUUUUUUUAUUUACCUCAGUGAGGUUGAAAAUUGGUGUCCUCAUUUACCUUGGAGAGCAAAAAAUCCCUACGAAGAAGCUGAUCGUAAUUCAUUGGCAGAGAUUCGUACGGAUUUUAAUAUUCUCUACAGUAUGAUGAAAAAGCAUGAAGAAUUCCGAUGGAUGAGGCUACGGAUCCGGCGAAUGGCUGAUGCGUGGAUCCAGGCAAUCAGGUCCUUGGCAGAGAAGCAGAAUCUUGAAAAGAGAAAGCGGAAGAAAGUCCUUGUUCACCUGGGCCUCCUGACUAAGGAAUCUGGAUUUAAGAUUGCAGAGACAGCUUUCAGUGGUGGCCCUCUUGGUGAAUUAGUUCAGUGGAGUGAUUUAAUUACAUCUCUGUACUUACUGGGCCAUGACAUUAGGAUUUCAGCUUCACUGGCGGAGCUCAAGGAAAUAAUGAAGAAGGUUGUAGGAAACCGAUCUGGCUGCCCAACUGUAGGAGACAGAAUUGUUGAGCUCAUUUAUAUUGAUAUUGUAGGACUCGCUCAAUUCAAGAAAACUCUUGGACCAUCCUGGGUUCAUUACCAGUGCAUGCUGCGUGUCCUGGACUCAUUCGGCACCGAACCAGAGUUCAACCAUGCCAACUAUGCCCAGCUGAAAGGCCACAAGACCCCCUGGGGCAAGUGGAAUCUGAACCCGCAGCAGUUUUACACCAUGUUCCCUCACACCCCAGACAACAGCUUCCUGGGGUUCGUGGUCGAGCAGCACCUGAACUCCAGCGAUAUCCACCACAUUAACGAAAUCAAGAGGCAGAACCAGUCCCUUGUGUACGGCAAAGUGGAUAGCUUCUGGAAGAAUAAGAAGCUCUACUUGGACAUCAUUCACACAUACAUGGAAGUGCAUGCGACUGUUUACGGCUCCAGCACAAAGAACAUUCCCAGUUACGUGAAAAACCACGGGAUCCUCAGUGGACGGGACUUGCAGUUUCUUCUCCGAGAAACCAAGCUGUUUGUUGGACUUGGGUUCCCUUAUGAAGGCCCGGCUCCCUUGGAGGCCAUCGCAAAUGGAUGUGCUUUUCUGAAUCCCAAGUUCAACCCACCCAAAAGCAGCAAAAACACAGACUUUUUCAUUGGCAAGCCAACUCUGAGAGAGCUGACCUCCCAGCAUCCUUAUGCCGAAGUUUUCAUCGGCCAGCCACACGUCUGGACUGUUGACCUCGAUAAUCAGGAGGGGGUGGAGGACGCCGUGAAAGCAAUUUUAAGUCAGAAGAUUGAGCCGUACAUGCCGUACGAAUUCACGUGCGAGGGGAUGCUACAGAGAAUCAACGCUUUCAUCGAGAAACAGGACUUCUGCCAUGGGCAAGUGAUGUGGCCGCCCCUGAGUGCCCUGCAGGUAAAGCUUGCUGAGCCCGGGCAGUCCUGCAAGCAGGUGUGUCAGGAGAAACAGCUCAUCUGUGAGCCUUCCUUCUUCCAGCAUCUCAACAAGGACAAGGACUUGCUGAAGUACGAGGUGACCUGCCAAAGCUCAGAGAUGGCCAAGGACAUCGUGGUGCCCUCCUUCGACCCCAAGAACAAGCACUGUGUGUUUCAAGGUGACCUCCUGCUGUUCAGCUGUGCUGGCGCCCACCCCAGGCACCGGAGGAUCUGCCCCUGCCGGGACUUCAUCAAGGGCCAGGUGGCUCUCUGUAAAGACUGUCUCUAGCAGCCACCGGCUCGUCCCCGCACGCACUCUCCUGGGGAAGACGGUGGGCAGAAAUCACUCGGGGACUUUCGCCGGAGCCUGAACUCCUUUGGCGGGAGGUCUCGAUUUGGUAUUGCUCCCGCUGCGGUCGGAGGAUCCCAGCGGAGUUCUCACCAAAACAAAACGAGAGUCGACGUCAGGCCGGGGAGCCUGGCUUCUCCCUGGCACAAAUUCAUUUUUAAUCUUGGAGGAGCUACUGUAGGGAGACUGUCUAUGCAGCUGCUCCAGGGUAGAAAGAGAAUCUCAAGAUUCAUUUAAAUGAAACAAAACCAGAGGAGGAAUUGAGCUAGUUGGAAAGGACUUCGUAUGGGAACAUUCCUAAACCCAUUAACUUAUUUAUUUGGGAGGGAGGGAGGGGGAGCUGGGGCGGGCAGAGAGGGAUUGAUCACGCGUCUUGUAAACUUCUUCGAUCUUCCUCUGUUGGCCGUCCACCUUCACUAUAAUAUUACUACUGUCUGCUUUGGGCAGGGUGCCCUGUGGGGUUGGUGGCAUGCUUAAGGGCAGCUCUGGGGACCUAGCUCCUCGAAGUGGAUGGUGGCAGAACAGAACAAACCUUGUGUGCUUGCCACACGGCAGCUAGGGCACGGGCAGCCCCUGGCGUGCGGAGGUAUGCCUGUGUGGUCCGGAGAGCCCACGGGGACCAAAGAUGGGCUGCUUUGCAGCGAGAGGCUCCUUUCCUCUGUCCCACCCCAUCCCCAGCCGAAAACAUACUCGCACCCAAACCCACACCCACAUACAACCUUGGCUGUCAUUUCUGGUUAGGAUUAGAAGAGCUACCCUUGGAGCUCUUGGAGGCCGUGCUCUUUGCCCCUUCAGAGAUUUGUCUUCGAGCUGAGAUUUGGACGGGAGUGAAGCUGGUCUUAGGGACCACCAGAGCCGGGUUCUGGACGGAUGGGCUCGUGUUGUAUUCCCUCUAAUGUCUGAUGUCACUGAAGUCCAGGGAAUGGGGCUCUUGGUGAACCUGAUGCCGGCUCGGGGAGCAGGGGCAGGCCAGGAUGCAUGUGCACUGUCCUGGCCCCUCACCUGUGAGUGUGGGUGCGGCGUGCAAGGGGCAGGAAUGUGAUGCUGGCUUCUACUCCGGGCACAGGUAUUUGUGGGGGGCGGGGGUGGUGAGCCACUUGGCAGGUUGGACCAAACCGUGGAGUCACCCCCCACCAGCUUUUGUGUGAGUUCCCCCCGGUCCCGCACACCUCCAUCCCGUGCCUCAGUGCUGUGCGUGUAAGUGUGUAUGUUUCUGCGAUGCCCCUGGCAUCUCCGUACUGCUAAGAGCGAGCCCUCUUCUCUCUCUGGCGGAACGGCCCCAUUAUGAGUUGUCCCGUGAUCAGUCCAGACCUCACUCAUGCUUCUGAGUGCCUUGGUCGCCGAGCAGAGCAGCUGGGCAAGGCUAAUGGCCUGGGUGGGCCUUCGGGACAUGAGGUUGAAGUUAGAAUUCUGCUUUCUGAGGACCAGAUGGAGUGUGGAGACUUGAGUUAUGGGAAGUUAGAUUCCGCCUGCUUCUAGAUUCUUCUUGGGUGUAAAAUUAAUAUCGAGCACACAGCCAGCCAUUUUUUCUUAGACCCUCUGUGGGUCUUAAUUGCACCUCCCAUCUUAGAGAAUGGAGGGAGGGAGGAAGGGCAGCCGGGGUCUCCCCGACCCCAUAGGUGGCCCACAUGUGCCAGGGAGAAUGCUGGCGGGGAGGUCUCUCUGCUCUGAGCGCGGAUGCAGGGGCCCGCCCGUCACAGCCUGGCUAAGAAGAGCAAUAAGGAUGGAGGGUGCGAGUGCCUGGGUGCCUUGAAGCUUUGCAAGGGCGGUUUCCCGCAGUGGGAGUGCCAUCCCUGCUGUGGGGAACAGCUUUUCCCUACAGAUGGGACUCCUGGCUGCAGCCUUGCUGGUGGCAGUUUGCUUGAGGGCCCAGGCCUGCAAUUCCUGGGCCGGUGCUGCCCUCUUCUGGGCUCUUCUGGGAGCUUCCAGUGCUGAGGACGUGAGUGCCGGCGUUUGACCAGCAGGGGGAGCCGGCGGGCCGAGACCAGUUUCCCACUCGGCCAGAUAAAGCCAUUUUGCGAGACAGCUGUUACAGCCAACCCAGGAACUCUGAAAGCAAGGAAGUUGGAAAGCCCUGUUCUCAGAAAGAUGCUGUGCCGGGCUUGUGUUCCAGAAGCUGCAGGAUUGUUUGCUGGCUGCCCCUGAGCUCAGGGACUCUCCGCCUUCUGGAGAAUUCCUCUUCUCCUCGUCAGGACUCUAAGGUCAGGCAGCCGGGAGAGCACCUCCCCAGUUUGAAGAUUCCUGUGGCUUCCCCCCAUUUCUAGUAAUGGAAGUAAGCCAGAGCUCUCUGCCUGCAGGGCUGCUGCUCCUGGGGCAAAGAAACCCACACUCCAGUUCUUGAGGGCAUUAUGAACAGAGGCGGCGACACUGAAUGUAUACUGGCUCUCAGGCCUCCACACACGUGGCCCAAGUCUGGUCAGCGACCCAAGAGGACAUUGGGAUAGGGACCUCCAUCUGCCCUGCACAGGAAGGGGUGCGAUUCCUGCCUGCCCUGGGAGAGGAAGGCACCUCUCAGAGUGUGGUCUGGGAGCCUUCGAUGGUUUUGCCGAUGCCAAUCUUAAUAGAAUCCUAAACCAAUUAAUUGGUAAUCGAUGACAAUUCCACAGGGAGAGAAAUCCCCAAUCAGGAUUAGUGUCUUCUUGUGCUCUGAGCAUCUCUCAUCUCUUGCCUGGUCUUUAGUUUUCGUACAUUUUUUUCCUAAAAGAUUUGGGAUUUUUUUUUCCCCCCUCCACUGUGAUCCUAAGUUCUUAAAAAAAAAAAAAAAAACUCGAGGGAAAACAUUUAAUUUAUUAAAGGAGAGAAAGCUUUCCUUUGAAAUGUAAAGACUUUCGGGAAUAAACGUUCCUGAAAGGGGAAACGCUUCUCCCGCCAGUAAACACCUCAUUUAUUUCUUGUAUGUAAUUCGAUUUGCACAAGUACAAUUGGAGAAGCUUUUUUUGCAUUUUUGCUUAGAUUCGGUUUUGUCACUGCUUAUAGUUUACUUUUUGUGUGUUUUGCUGUAUGUUUGGAGAUAUUUCUUUGGUGAUAUUUAUUUUUUCUCUGAGGUGCCUUUUCACUUUCGGGUUCGUUUUCGGAAUGUGGGGUUGGUUUUUGGAAUCUGGGUUUUGUUGAAGGAAGCUAGCAGACUCCUCCAGCUUGGAGAAAGGACAUGCCCUGGCAUCACUGCGGGCAACUCAGGCUGGGCGCCGAAAAUGCCCUCCAAGCCCCCCCCCCGGGGGGCCAUAGUGUAGGGGCACAUACACCCCCAUGAAGCCAUGAGAACCCCCAAGGUCUGACUUCCUCCAGACCAGCCCAUACUUUCCCAGGCUGCUCGGCCAGGUCUUUGGGUUUGGGGACUGCUGGUUGACACGUGCCACCCCGGGAGCUUGGUGAGGUCUGGCUGCAGCAGAAAACCAGCCCUACCUGAGGGGUUGCACUGAAGGGAAGCAGGCCCUGCUGAACUCAUGGAAGCACUGGCCCAAAACCACUUCAUCUGGUUAGCAGGAUGAAGGGGAAGAAAUACGCACCCCCUUUUUUUGUUUCUUUGGCAAACGUGGGGUUCGAUAAAAGUGACUACUCAGCUUCCCGGUAAGCUCACUUUGGGGCGCCCCAGUGCAGCUCACUGGUAGUGAAGCCACGAGUGUGACCAGGUAGACAAAACUGUUCUGUUUAUGGGUGGAUUUGUGCUUUUUAGACCAGACCAAGGCAGGCCACCCCGUUCUCCGAGGUGGUUUACCUAGAUUGUGUAUUUAAUGGGAACAUUGCCACCCUCUCCCAUGCCCCCCGCAAUUCUUGAUUUAAAAAAAAAGGUCUGUUAACGACAGGCUCAGUUGUGUUACUCUCCCAUGCCUGGAAUGUUGUAUUUAUUGAAAAGUAUUUUCAUUUCUACACUGGCUUCACUCUAACCCCAUCCAUCCCUGUGGGGCUGCAGAGCACCUUUGUGUGAAGAGCUGGAUGGAUGUAGAGAGAUUCAGACUUCUUUAGGAAGGUAGGAAUUUCCUAAAGCACAGGGCGGGUUCCUUUCCUUCUUGUGGGCUUCAACAAAAAAAUGGAAAACCAAGUUUUUAUAGCAAAAGGCCAAAUUAGCUGUCUAGUGUCCGAUGCAGAAAAAAACUACCCUAGCUUUCUUAGCACUUAGGGUUUUUGUGAGGAUUCAGUUUAGCAGUGAAUUAGCAGUGUUUAGCAGUGUCUGGCAUAUAGUAAGCCCUAGUGAGUGUUAAAUAUUGUUGUUAUUCGCCUUUCGUAAAAUUCGAGAAAAAAGAGCUGAGCUCACUUCCUAUCCUUGAUUCAAAAGUAAUACCUACGGGAGAAUACUCCCAAGUUGAUAGAAUGUUGUAGGACGUAGUGGUGGAAGAUACCUGAGUCCUGUGUCCACCCUGCUGGUUAAAAUGCACUGACUGGAAAAUAUGCCUGACUGCAGCCCCAGAUGGAACUGGGCCACAAGAAUUAGCAAACUGAACAUAAGAGGGUGACCUCUGGCCACAUGCUGCGGACCGCACCCCACUCAGCUUCUGGAUCCUUCCAGGGUUUUGCUUUGCAGAACUUGGUGAGCUGGAAAUUAAAAUGAAUUCUCUGACAGACUGUCCCCUUAAAGUUACCCAUCUUUCUCUGAAAUGCAAUGAUAGAGGCGUUUCUGUUUUUUAUUGAAGGGGAAAGGAAUGACCAAUUGAACUUAAUCGCUCCCCAGGAAGCCCCUUUUGGCGCCCCCUGCUGGCCAGGGUGGCUCCUGCACUGUCCAGUCCAAGAGGAUCAGGCUCCCAGGCUGGUUAGUUGUCACGUUUCUCUCGCAUUAAAGGUUAUUCUAUGGGGGUGGCGGGGGCGUCUUCAGAGCUCCAAGAGGCUACUCGGGGCUUAAUGUUGUUUUCCCAGAUCACCUGAAUGUCAGUUCGCUUUUUUUUUUGGGGGGGGGGGUUGGUUUCAGCCUCUUGCUUCCCUAGAUAGGUUUAGAGUUGUAUCUCCUCUCCUAUCUUGGCCCUAUUCUGCAUAGAUUGCAUUUGUGGAAAAUGGAGGACUAUGUUGGAGUCUGGUGUCUUUUUCAGAUCCUUUGGAUUCUCUUCAGCUGAAUCAGCAGUCAUUUAAGAUCGGAACUGACCUUCUUCAAAGCAUCAUUUCCUCUAUUCUUCCCAGAUCUUGUGGAGCCUUCAGAUUACCCCCCAGCCCCCCGCAUCCGGUGAGGCACGACAAAGGGAUGCAAGGGCAGCCGUGCGCUCGUGCGUCGGGCAGGGCCCCGUCUGGGUCCGUGGGGGGCAAGGGUGGUCCUGGAGGCUCAGAGCCUUUGUGGUGCUGGAGGGCUCCCUGGGCCAGCCGGCCAGGAACCUAGCACAGGCAGCCACCUCUGGCACAGCUGAGAUGGAGCAGACGUGGGAUGCCUUUGCUCACCGGCCUGCCCGGGUGAACAAGAGUGGAAGUCUAUGCCAAAGGAGAUGGUGACGUCCUUUCUGCUGUAGUUGCUGUCACAGCCUUGAUGUCUGUAAGCUAAUGGCCAUUCGCGUCUGUGUCUUCGGCCAGCUCCUGGUACAACCAUUUUCUACUGUUCACUUCUGGGGUUAAGUAGUGCGGGAUUCUGCAAAUAAGGUGUUGCUGUCAAAUGUACUGUACCGGCGUAGAGAGCACUGCUUUGUUUUCCACUGUUGUAGAGAAAACUAGGGAGAACUUUAUUUUUCAAUAAACUUUUCUUGUGUGACA